AUGACAGAUUUUUUCAAUCACACUGGCAUUCUUCAUGAACAAUCUUGUGCUGAGACUCCGCAACAAAAUAGCAAAGUGGAAAGGAAGCAUCAACACAUUCUCUCUCUAGCUAGGGCCCUCAAAUUCCAAUCCAACCUUCCUCCUGCCUUUUGGGCAGUUUGUGUCAGGCAUUCAGUUUAUUUGAUCAACAAGGUUCCCACAAUUGUUCUCGGGAACCUCACUCCUUAUGAGAAGCUAUACAAACAGAAACCAGACCUUUCUGACCUCAAGGUCUUUGGUUGUUUAUGCUUUGCUUCUACACUUUCUAACAAUAGAGCAAAGUUUGAUUCAAGAUCUAGAAAGGGAGUUUUCAUUGGCUAUCAACGUGGCAUUAAAGGUUACAAAAUUUAUGACUUUUCCACACAUGAUGUUUUUGUCUCCAGAGAUGUUCAAUUUCAUGAAAAUGUGUUUCCAUUUCAUAACCAAAACCCAGACCAUUCCCCACCCUAUUCUACUCCAUCUGAUCCUGCUCUCUAUGAUGAUCCAAGUCCAAAUUAUAGUCCAACAUCACAACCACCUAUCACUCCCCAACCACUCACAUCGGAUCAGGACACCUCCUUUGACACAGAUGAUGAACCAGACUCCCCACCCACAUCAUCUAAUUCACCAUCCCCACCACCUCCCCCACCACCAGUACCACAACAACCUCUAAGAAAGUCAACUAGAGUUCCCAAAAGACCUACCCACCUUCAGCAAUACCAUUGUAACCUGCUUCAACAGUGUUCUUCUACCAGUCAUUCUACUCAACUGCCACAUACAGGUAUGACAUCAGAUCUUUCCUCCCUACUUGAUUACUCCACUCUCUCACCUACUCACAAAAACUUUGUCUCAAGCAUCUCUUCUAUUAAGGAACCUGAAACAUAUAAGGAGGCAAUUCAAUUUCCAGAAUGUAAUGAUGCCAUGACAGCUGAAACUCAAGCUCUAGAAGCCAACCAUACUUGGGAUGUGGUUGAACUACCCCCUAGUAAAAAACAAGUUGGCAACAAGUGGGUUUACAAGAACAAACACCUUUCAUAUGGCAGUUUAGAGAGACAAAAAGCCAGAUUAGUGGCCAAAGGUUACAGUCAACAAGAGGGUGUUGACUACCAGGAUACCUUUGCUCCUGUAGUCAAAAUGUCAACAAUCAGGCUAUUUCUAGCCAUUGUUGCAUCACAGAACUGGCACAUCCAACAAUUGGAUGUCAACAAUGCAUUUCUGCAUGGAGACUUAGACCAAGAAGUUUAUAUGAUGCUACCACCUGGAUAUGUUCCUCCACCUGGUCUCAAAAACCCUGUUUGCAGACUAAAGAAAUCAAUCUAUGGUCUCAAGCAAGCAUCAAGACAAUGGUUCACCAAGCUUGCUGAAAAAUUACAGUCACAAGGCUACAUUGCCAGUAAGGUAGACCAUUCUCUUUUCUACAAACAAUCAGGUUCUUCCUACACCUGCAUCCUAGUCUAUGUUGACGAUUUAGUCAUUGGAGGAACUGACAUUGGAGAAAUUGAGCAUCUCAAGUCAUUUCUACAUCAAACAUUCAGCAUUAAGGAUAUGGGAGAUUUGAAAUUUUUCAUGGGAAUAGAAGUGGCAAGAAGCAAAAAGGGCAUUCACAUUUCUCAAAGGAAGUAUACAUUAGAGAUCCUGGAGGAGGCAGAUCUCCUCAAUUGCAAACCUGUUACUACUCUUAUGGACUACAAACUUCAUCUAUCAGCAGAGCAUAGUGAUCCCUUUCCUAAUCCGGAAGCAUACAGGAGAUUGGUGGGCAAAUUGAUUUAUCUCACAACUACCCGCCUAGAUAUAAGCUAUGCAACACAACAGGUCAGUCAAUACAUGUCCAACCUCAGUAAUUCUCAUUACAAAGCAGUGCCAAGGAUCCUGCGUUACCUUAAAUCAGCUCCCACAAGUGGAUUGUUCUUCUCUUCCAAUUCAAAUCUCCAUUUGAAGGCAUUCAGUGACUCAGACUGGGCUGCAUGUGUCGAUACCAGACGCUCAGUAACUGGAUACUGUGUUUACUUGGGCGACUCACUGGUCUCAUGCAAGUGCAAGAAGUAG